AUGUACAGCAGAGCUUACAUCUUGCUGGAAAGAGACUUAAAAGAGUUGAACCAGAGCAAUUUUGUGGGUAUUACUGCUUUUCCUAUAACUGAUGAUAUGCUGAAAUGGCAAGCUGAAAUUGAAGGUCUACAGAAUUCAAGUUUGCAUGGAUUUGUUUUACAACUGACAAUAGAAUUUACAUCGGAGUACAACCUUGCCCCUCCAGUUGUGAAAUUUACAACAAUUCCUUUUCAUCCAAAUGUAGACCCAUAUACUGGUCAGCCCUGUAUAGAUUUUUUGGACAACCCCAAGAUGUGGAAUACAGGCUAUACAUUGAGCAGUAUCUUACUUGCCCUACAGGUUAUGCUUUCUUACCCAGUGCUGGAAAACCCAGUGAACAUGCAAGCGGCCCAAAUGCUGAUUAAAGAUGAAUAUAUGUAUAGAAAAAUAAUUCGAAAGCUCUUCCAGGAGCCAUUAAAACUGAAGGAUGAUGACAUGCAGUUAUCUCAAGACCAAGAUAAAUUGGUCAGAUCAAUUAAAUCCAUCUCAUUUAAUGAUUACUACAAGACAUGGUCUAGAAUAGCCACAUCCAAAGCGACAGAAUCCUACAGAGCUCCACUGCUUGGAGAUCCACAUUUCAUUGGAGAGUAUUAUAAAUGGAAGAAAACUGAUAAAGGACAUCCUAAAGAAUGGAAGUUAAAGUAA